CGCGGUUGCCAGGCAGAAGGCGCGGACGCAUGGCGGGAACGGCGCUGGGCGCGGGGCCGGGCGCGCUGCUGCUGGCGGGGCUGUGGGCGCUGGCGCUGCUGCUCUGCCUGCUGCUCGCUCGCGCCUCGGGGGCCGCGCGGCUGGCCGCGCUGCUCGUGCCGCUGUGCGCCGCGCUGCUGAGCGCCGCGCUGCUGCUGUACCCGCGGGAGGACGGCGGUGCGGGGCCGCCCGCGGGCCCCCAGAUCGUGGACACCUUCCUGGUGGGCCGCCUGGUGCUGCUGGCCUUCAUGGCCCUGCUGCUGCUGGGCUGCGUGCUGCUGCUGGGGAUGCACCUCCUGGAGCCGAUCCACGCCAAGGCGCUGCGCUGCUGGAGGUGAGGCUGUGCCACGGAGCCGUUCUGCAGGGAUUUCGGUGGAUCCCCUUCUGCCCGUCAGCGGAAAUGGGACGAGUGGAGAUGGAGCACUGACUGGUUGGUGGCUCAGCGAUCCGGGGGCCUCUUCCAGCCGAUUCUGUUAUCCCUCUGAGCCCACCUGUCUCAGGCUCAGCCUGAGGCCUCGGUUGGUUUGAGUUAAUACUUUAUCUCCUUUUUCUGUCCUUUUUUUAUUGUUCAAGGGAACGGAGGGAGGGUGGUUUCUUCACUUUGUUUUAUUUCAGCAGCACGGAGGGAAGGUCCCCAAGAAGUGGAUCCCAUUUUCGUGGCAAUAAACCGGGUGACCAAGUUGGGGCGUUGAUUUUUUACUGAAUCAAUAUUCACAAAUUGUUGGGUUUUUUAAAUUCUUUUUUAACAUUAAUAAAACUUUUGGAGGAA